AUGAAUGAAUUUUACUUGAUAAACAACAUACUAAUAAAAAAUGUUAUAGCUCAAAGAUAUACAAAAUGUAUUUAUAAGAACAACAGUGAGAAUAAUAAUAGUAUUAUAUUAUACUUUUAUAAGUUGUGUAAAAAAUAUAAAGAGUUAAUUAAUUAUGAAUAUUUACAAUACCCUAAAAAAGAGUUACAUAUAUCAUAUACAAAUAGUAGAGAUAAAAAAAUUAACAACAUCAAAAAUAGAAUAAUAAAAAGAAAAGUAAUUUGUAAUUUCCGUCUUAUAAUUUUUUUACUUUCUGUUUUAAUAAUAGUUUAUUUGGGAUUAAUUAAUUUAUUUAUUUAUGAUAAUAAUAAUAAUAUAGAAUGCAAAAUACAGUUUACCGAAUGUCCUAUAAUUUUGCAUGAACAUGUUAAUAAUUUUUUAAAAAGCUAUAAAAUAAAUAAUAUAAAAAAAGAACAAAUUGCAGCUAUUUAUAAAUUUAUGAACAAUCAAAAUGGAGAAAACAUAAUAGGGUCAUAUUUAGACAAUGAAAAAAAAGACGAAAUAAAUAGUGGGAUAAAUAAUAAAAGACGUAAAAAAUUUUAUAAAAUAUUAAAUAAUGAAAAAAUAAAAUGUAAAAAUUGUAAUAUUGUUUUUAAAAUUUUGAAAAAUGAUGAGACAAUAGAAGAUAUACUAAAAUUUGAAGAAAACAAUAAGUGUGUGCAAAAGAUGGAUGUCAAUUCAUGUGUUAAUGUUAAAAAUGGGAUUAUCAAAAAUAAAAAAAUACAUAUAUAUAAAAAAUAUGCAGGCCCAAUUAGGGAUAGUAACUAUUUUGAAAAAAUAAUUAAACACAAAAAAAUAUUUGCCAACGAGCAUAACUACAGUUCAUAUAUGAACGAGAAAAUCAUAAUAGAUGACAAUAUAAAAUAUAUCUACCCAUUUAUGAAUGACUAUGUACUAAAUUUGGACUGGUUUAAAUUGUAUGAUGAAAAUGGUAAAGAAAUUCCAGUAAAUACUGAGCAGUUAGAGAGGUUGAACUUUGUAGAGAAAAAUGGAACGGAUUUGUGUCGUUCUUCCUACAAACAAAAGUACAGGGAUAGCACUUUUUUUUGGAUGUGCUCUGAUUUUUAUAAAAAUCAAAAAAGUUCAGAGGAAUAUAUGAUAUCUAAAAUGAUUGAAAAAAUAUUAAAUUUCAAAGAAUCUGGAUAUUCACAAAAAAAUAAACAUAUAAUAGAGAUGUCAAAAUUUAGUCCAACAAAAAGUACAUACAAACAUUUUGGUUAUGUUACUACAGAUAUAAAACUUCCUAUAAGCAUAGGAAUUUAUAAUCGUUUUAAAUUACUUGAAGCAGAUUUUUUAAUUAAUGAAAUGAUUGAUGAUAUACAGAGAGCUCUUUUUUCUACUAAUAAGAAGGAGCUAGAAAUUGAAAAAAAAAGUAAGAGCAUAUUUCAAUCCGAAGUAGAUGUUUUACAUACCCAUAUUUGUGAACACAAAUUUGCAUUUUUUGGAGAUCAGCAUGUUGAGGGUAUUAGUAAUGAGACAGACAAAGAAAACGUAAAAGAUAUUAUAAAAAGUGAUCAAAGAUCUUAUGAAAAAGUUGAAAAAUUAAAAAAAAGGAAAAUAUGUAUAUGUAGAAUAUUAUGGAGAAGGUUUGGAAAAUGGCUAAGAAGAUGCUAUGACAAAUUUUUUAAAAAUUGUAUGUCACACAAUGAAGAAAGAAAAGAAAAGAAUAUGAUCGAUUCAGUAAAUAAAGAAGAAGGGACAUAUGUAUUAGUAGAAGAAAUUGAAAAUGAAAAAAGUGGAGAAAAAAUAAAUGAGGAACAUAUAAAAGAAUUAGUAAUUAUAUCAUCAUCUAUAUUUUUUGGAAAAAUGAAAAUGUUAUUAAAAAUAUGUAUAAUAAUUUUAAUAAUUAUAUUUUUGAUUACAAUUUUUUUAAUUAUGUAUUAUAUUUAUUUAAUUAAUAAUAAAGAUGUGUCUAUGAUUAAUAUUCAAGAUAGUUCGUUUGAAUAUAUUCCAAAAUAUUUAAAAUAUGAAUCGAAAAAUGGUGUUAGUGCAUCUAUUUCAGAUGCUGAGAAAAGUUUUUUUGUUACUGGAAAGCACAAGAGCUAUCCAUUUUAG